AUGGCCUCCUACAAUCCCUCGAUGCCUCCCACGGCCCCUCGACCGGCCGUCUUUGGGGCCCCCGUCCCGGUCCAUGACCCAGCAGCUCCAGCGGGCACCUUUGCGCCCGGCACCAAGAUACAAGUGGGGAGCCAGAAGGUCAUCAUCCAGAAGUACUUCUCCGAGGGAGGCUUCGCCCAUGUCUACCUGGUCAAGAUGCCAAAGCCCAUUGAUGGCACUGACAUCGCCGUGUUGAAGCGGGUUGCCGUGCCCGACAAGGAGCAUCUGGCGAAUAUGCGCACCGAGGUAGAGACGAUGAAGAAGUUGAAAGGGCAUCGGCCGAUUGUGACUUACUACGACUCGCACGCGUCGCAGCUGAAGGGUGGGGGAUAUGAGGUCUUUUUGCUGAUGGAGUUCUGCAAUGGUGGCGGACUGAUUGAUUUCAUGAACACGCGGCUACAGAAUCGAUUGACGGAGCCGGAAAUCCUGAAGAUCUUCUCAGACGUGGCCGAAGGGGUGGCAUGCAUGCAUUACCUCAAGCCUCCGCUCCUCCAUCGAGAUCUGAAGGUUGAAAACGUCCUCAUAACCACUAGGGGAAACACGCGGCGGUUCAAGCUCUGCGAUUUUGGAUCAACCGCCCCUCCACGGCCCGCAGCAACAACUGCUGCCGAGUGCCGCCUGAUCGAAGACGAUGUGCAGAAGCACACCACGCUUCAAUACCGCAGUCCAGAAAUGAUCGAUGUGUAUCGAAAACAACCUAUUGAUGAGAAGUCGGAUAUAUGGGCGUUGGGUGUGCUUCUGUAUAAGCUGUGCUAUUACACUACCCCUUUCGAAGCGCAAGGGCAGCUUGCCAUUCUUAAUGCAAGCUUCAAAUUUCCGAGCUAUCCAGUCUUCUCUGAUAAAUUGAAGAAGCUCAUAGCGUAUAUGUUGAAAGAGAAUCCCGCGUCUCGCCCAAAUAUCUACCAAGUUCUACGUGAAGCUUGCUUGAUGCAGGGCAUUGAGGUCCCUAUCAAAGAUAUAUACUCCGGAAGGACACAAUCAGAAGCCAGACGCAAUCAACAGCUACCGAGGCCGGAACAGAUGCCCUCUCCCGUUGUUGGAGCAGUAUUUUCACCGCCACAACAACAACAACAGGUCAUCCCCGAGGUUGUGCCGAUGCGAAGGGGUAGACCGACUGCUGGGUCACAGGCUCAUGCGCCCAAGCCAAGUCCCUCUCCAAUGCGAGGCACUGCGAGUGACCCAUUCGCCGCUCUAGACGGAAAACCCCAACCUAUGCAAGUAGAUGAGCUUUCUAAUCGAUUUCCGAGCCUUGACCAAUUUUCUCUACUUCACGAUGGUGGAAAAUUCGAUUUUAAUUCAAGCCCACCGCCUCAUCGUCCUUCACAAGAUCUCGGUCAGCGAGUGACGGAGAAGCUGGCAGAUGAUGCCUUUGCAGCCUCGCGAUCCAAGACCCCUAUGGCCUCAACUGCGACCCCGUCUCCCGCUCCCGCUCCCACCCCCGCGGUUUCUCGUGCGCAGAAGAUAAUAUCGAGUAAUCCGGAGCUACAAUCCGUCACAUCUCCCCCAAGCGUGGUCUAUCAACCAACGCCUACUCGGGCUCCAAACAGUACAUAUGUAUCAACGGGAACCAUGACCUCGCCCACCCCUCCUGCGGUUUAUCGUCUCUCACCUGAUCAUCACAGAUCCGUCAGCUUGCCAAGACCUCAAGAAGCCGCUACCUCGAAAAAUCAGCAUCUACGUCCAGCUAGCCCGUCUCGCCAACCGGGCGCCCUCCAUCGGAAUCCGUCGUAUGGAUCACAAUCAGGCCACCCGCAACAUCCCUCGUCGUCGCGCCCAUCAUUAGAAGGUGGCAGGCCCACAAGCAUCGUUCUAGAGCCAGUAAUCAGGACGAAGUCGAGUAAUGCUCAGUCGCGACCAACGAGUGCUUAUCUUGAGUCGAAUAUCGAUUAUCUCCGUGAAAAAGAGUCACGCGGUAGAAAGUCAACAGAUAAGCGUCCAACAUGGCCUGUAGAAACAACCCUUCCGGAUCCGAACUCAGAUGAAGAUACCAAUAUUGAGUCAAAUGUCCAGUUUCUUCGCGCAAUGGAAGACCAGGAGACAUCCAAGAAAGACCUCAAGAAGGAAGCCAAGAAGGACAGGCGUCGUAGCAGCGGCGCGAACAACAAAUCCAAACGCUCAAGCAUGCCAUCUAUGUCAUUGUCAGGUACAAAAACUUUAUUGGCUGGGAAGUUUGGCGAUGCCUUCAAAAGAUUCGAAAAUAAUGCCAGUGCGCCACCUGGACCACGGACUCCAAGCCCGUUGCAAGAGAUGGAACGACGCGAUCUGACACCAAUCGCCGGCUCAGAAGCGACGGACGGGCGAAGCGACGACGGAAAUAUCGUCGACGAAGUGAACAUGACUCAAGAACAGCGUCGCGAACUCGAACGGCGACGUCUCUCCAUGGAAGAGAAGCGUGUCGCUGACGCUGCAGCUGAGUAUAGAAAACGGCUCGCGGAAAAUGGGUCUGGGCCUGCACCCAGAAGUAUCGGCGGUAUAUCACGUGCCGCAAGCAUUCAAAACAAGGUCAAGAACCUCCUCGAUGAGAGCUCACAACCUUCACCGGUUAAGAAGACGGCUGAAGGCUACGGGAGAUUUACCGAGAGCAUGUCGGCCCCGCAGCCCAGUCACCUUGAUCAAUACUCGAAUCCGUAUGCCAAACCCCACCACCCCCACCAUCCCCAUCUUCCUCAUCUUCCCCAUCUCCCCAACCUCCCUCGGAAGCCUCACGUCCAAGGGGGUCUUCCUCCAAGAUCUGUGCCAGCUCAUGGUGAGAUCAGUUACCAAAAACCGCGUACCCAACCGAUAACACCCCCGGCUACCAUAUCGAAGACGGGCGGCCCUCGACCGAGCGCACCCCCCAAGCCGAUGCACCUGAACAGCAUCAGCACCGGUCCUCAACACUCACCCCCUCAACCCGCGUUACCCGCCCGACCGAUACAAGCCCGGCCAGAUAUGACGCAGCAGGAGAAGGAAGACUAUAUUGUUGAUUUUAGCAGGCGAUUCCCCAGCCUUUCAGGAAUUGAGAUGGUGGAGAGAGAGAUCGAGAUGGAUAAUGGCAAACGGGAUGAUGGGAGGGCGAGAUCCAAGGUUGUCUAA